GAGAAGAGAAUGGUAUUGCAAGCCCAAGAACCCAAAUAUUCCUUGACACAGAAUAAAUAAGUAAAUUGUGGUAUAGACAUACAAUGGAAUACGAGAUCAAACGCUACAAAUCACAGAGAACGUUUAGGCCUGCUGUUACAGCAUCAAGCUGGUGGCUAGAGGUUAUUCGAAAAUGGUGUGACAGGGCUGCAGGGUUCAAUAAAUUGGGGUUAAUGCAAGGUGAUACCGUAUCUGAGAAUGACAAUGUGAAAGAGGCCACAAGAAGUCUUCCUGAGAAUCUGUAUAACGACAGGAUGUUUCUCAUUAAGUGAGCAAUGGCCCUGAUCAGGAGGCAGCAUUUGCCUAAAGAGCACAUCCUAAUAUAUGAGGAGGAUAAAUUCUACCUUGAACUUCUGAAAGAAGUUAUUUGGGAAAGAAAAGAGAGAGAAAAAUGGGCAAAGAAAUAA